CGCCCCCCGGCGCCCGCCCCCGGGGCCCCGCGCGCCUCCCGCCUAAGAUGGCAGCGGAGCCCGGGGACCUGCGCGGGGCGAGCGAGCUGGUGCCAGAUCGUUUAUAUUUUGCUACUUUAAGGAAUAGACCCAAAAGCACAGUUCAUAUCCACUAUUUCUCCAUCGACGAGGAGCUGGUCUAUGAAAACUUCUAUGCAGAUUUCGGACCCCUGAACCUGGCCAUGGUGUACAGAUACUGCUGCAAGCUGAACAAGAAGCUGAAGUCCUACAGUUUGUCAAGAAAGAAAAUAGUGCAUUACACCUGCUUUGACCAGCGGAAAAGAGCAAACGCAGCAUUCCUGAUCGGUGCCUACGCCGUCAUCUACCUGAAGAAGACUCCGGAAGAGGCCUACAGGGCGCUCCUGUCCGGCUCCAACCCCCCCUACCUUCCAUUCAGGGACGCUUCCUUCGGAAACUGCACGUACAACCUCACCAUCCUCGACUGCCUGCAGGGAAUCAGAAAGGGAUUGCAACACGGAUUCUUCGACUUCGAGACGUUCGACGUGGACGAGUAUGAGCACUAUGAGCGCGUGGAGAACGGGGACUUCAACUGGAUCGUCCCCGGGAAGUUCUUGGCAUUCAGUGGACCACACCCCAAAAGCAAGAUUGAAAAUGGGUACCCCCUCCACGCCCCGGAGGCCUACUUCCCCUACUUCAAGAAGCACAACGUGACGGCCGUGGUGAGGCUGAACAAGAAGAUCUACGAGGCCCGGCGCUUCACCGACGCCGGCUUCGAGCACUACGACCUGUUCUUCACCGACGGCAGCACGCCCAGCGACAGCAUCCUGCGCCGCUUCCUGAGCAUCUGCGAGAGCACCGAGGGCGCCAUCGCCGUGCACUGCAAAGCCGGGCUGGGCAGGACGGGGACGCUGAUCGGCUGCUACGUCAUGAAGCACUACCGGUUCACGCACGCCGAGGUCAUCUCCUGGAUCCGAAUAUGCCGGCCCGGCUCCAUCAUCGGGCCCCAGCAGCACUUCCUGGAGGAAAAGCAAGCGUCGCUAUGGGUCCAAGGAGACAUCUUUCGAUCCAAGUUGAAAAGCAGACCGUCCAGCGAGGAGAGUAUUAAUAAAAUCCUUUCGAGCUUGGAUGACCUGUCCAUCCAUGGAAACGUAUCCAAAACCCAGAACCUGGAGCGGUUCGGAGAGAAUAACCCGGAAGAGGAUGAGGACGUGGAGAUGAAGAACAGCAUCACCCAGGGAGACAAACUACGUGCCUUAAAGAGCCAGCGCCAGCCGCGCUCCUCGCCGCCCUGCGCCUUCCGGUUGGAGGACCUGAAGGGGCCCCCGCGGGCAGUGGUGUCCCAGCCUGUCAGACUGGCCGCCUCCGCACAAGGCUCCGCGUCCACGCUGAAGAUCUGCAAAGUGGCCUCCCCCCCGUCCGCCACCGCCAAGCGCAUCGCCAGGGGCUCCCUGGCCUCGGGCGCCAGUCUGAGAAGCUUCUCGGUGAACUCGCGGCUGGCCAGCUCGCUGGGGAACCUGAGCGUGUCCUCUGAGGACCCCGACGGCCGGCGGGCCUCGCCCUGCAGGUUGGGCUACGCUGCCAGCCCCUUCGCCAACCUCAACGGCAGCUCCACGGCGCCCCCCCGGGCCCACCCCGAGCUCAACAACAACCAGCACGGCCGCAGCCCCCCCGGCAGCCCGCGGGGCCCCCCCAGCGCCAAGACGGGGGAGCCGGGCCCCGGCCCCGCGGCGCCCGGCUCCCGGGCCUCCUGCACCGGCCUGUCCUCCUCCUCGGCCCGCUUCCUGAGCCGGUCCAUCCCCUCCCUCCAGUCUGAGUAUGUCCAUUACUGAGGCCCGCCGUCAGGACCGCUCGCUGCUCUUAGCGCCACCUCUGCACCGGGACCAGGGCCAGCACCGGCUGCGGCACCGGAUACCUCCGCGUCCCCCCGUUAGACGGCCUUCAGGGACCGGCCGGCCCCGCGGCCCAGGCAGACUGCGACGCCGCUCAGGAUGCUUUAACGCGGGCCGGCCACCCGAAGGGCUUUUAACGCCCCGCGGGAUCCUUUUCUUACUGCGUGUAUCUGUACAGCGUCAUGAUGUAUGUAUUAUGAACGUCAAAAAGCCUAUUUUGAUAAAUUUAUAAAUAUAUACAAUGAUGGAAAAGUUAGACUAUAUUUUGACUUAGGUUUUCUUGCUCUUUGCUACCAAAAACACACGUUUGUAUUUUGAAUCUGUGCCGUGUGGUGUGCGGUGUGCUGGCCGCAGCCCUCGGGGCAGGAGCCUGGGGAGGGUGUUCGGAGAGGGACGUGUCCCUGCCCGGAGGCCCUUCCAUCGGGGAAGGGGGUCCGCGGCCCGGGCUGCCCAGGUCUCUCUCCCGAGAGCACUGCUCCUCGGCCCGGCACCGACCUCGCUUCCCCUCCGUUUUGGUUGCUGAGCGGCUCAGCGUCGCCUCCUCGGGCUUUCGGACCCUGAGCCUCACGGCCGGCCGGCUCGCUGGGUGUUGCUCGGAGCGGGCUCCUCCAGGGAUGGGCUCCGGGAUCCUCCAGGAAAGGGCUCCGGGCUCCCGGGCCCCCGGCUCCAGGGCCAGCAGGGCGGCCCGCUGUGGGCGAGGCAGGCUGGCCUGGGCUCGCCCGUGUUCACGCCAGGAAGAGGACAGGGAAGGGAUGCUGCUAGGCGGUCCUCGCCUGUCAGAGAGGAGCCCUGGGCGAGCAGGGGCCUGUGAGGACCCCCGGGCCCCGCCUCGGAGGGCGCGCCUCUGCAGGCCUCGCCCGCCGGGUGAUUUCUGUGUGUGUAUUAGGAGGGGCCUCUAGACCCUUCUACCCACGCUUCAGUGGAGCCUCCCGAUCGUUUUACGUCUUAAACGUUACCUGGUGUUUGAGUGAACGUUUGACUCAGGUGGGUUAGUUAACCUCCAAGAACGACAGUACCAAAUCAUUGCACUAAGUUGAUUUAAAAUAAAGAGAAGGGUAUGUUUUUAGGGAUCACAAAUUGUAUACUUUUUCUAAAGCCGAAAUAGUGAACUAUUUUAUUAUGAGUUAUUGUAAAAAAAAAAAAAAAAAAAAAAAAAAAAGAGAGAGAGAUUGGUGAAAUGUACAGGUGGCAGUAUUUUUUUACAAAGGGAUCAGUGGCCACCAUCCAGGUGACCCUGGAGGAGGGCAGGGAGCCACACAGACUCGCUGGUUCUGUGAACACUAACUCGUGUGCAGCUACGAAAAUGAUUGUAACAGUGACUGCUGUAACUCUCCCAGGCGUGUGCGCGCGCACUCGUCCUAGGUAUCCACAUGUGUACGUCUUAAACAUUAUUUAUACACAUGUGCAUACGUAGGCGAACCGAGAAGAGGAUGUAUAUAAUAAAGUAUAUAGCAAAGUAAAUUCUACUGCAAUAAUGAAAAAUCGUUUGACAUGUAUUUUGUUAUGAAUAGUUUUACUUUCCCAAAGAUGCUCUGUUCUAUUUUGAAGUGUAGGCGGAUACACUGCUACUAAAUAAUAAAAGUUUUAUGCCAUUCA